GUAUGUAAUCGCUACGCAAAUAAUUAUUAUAAAACAGUAUAUAAGUCGAUAAUCGGGAGUGAACUUUUGAAAAAUAGUUAAAGUUUGUGUUAAUGACAAUAAUUUUAUGUGUUAAAUUAUAUCUAAAUGUGAAUUAUAUAAAUUAAAACUACAAAUUUCAAAUUUUAUUUGUUAAAUUGCAAUAGUAGUGUGCAGUGUUUGAAGUGAACGCGUAAGCGACGCUUAUUUCCCGGCGCUUAUGACCUUUUGGUCGCUGGUUUGACUGCAAUUCAACAAUCGGUCUGUUAAGCAGAGUUACUCUUAGCUUUUUUUCUACCUACAUUUUUUGUGAUAAUAAUAUAUAUGCAAAAUGGAUUGUAAACAUUGUUCAGAGAUCGUAAGACCAGAAGAAAUGAUUAGAUGUACGGCUUGUCAAAGUAUGUAUCAUUACUCAUGUGUUGGUAUAAAUGAAAGCGACUUUAAAAAGAUUCUGCCUAUGAAUAAAGCUAAAUGGAAAUGUCCAGUUUGCAAAAUAUCUAAGAAAAAUAAUAUAAGUCCAAAAUUAAAUAUGAUCUCUGAUAAAAUAAAUACAAAUCAAGCCCAAAUCAUAGAUAUUAAAUCGUUGAUUGCACAUUUUGAUGAGCGCUUCAAUAGUUUGCAUUACACAAUGGAGUCAUUCAAAUCUUUUAUUACUGAUGAAUUUAAAAAGCUCUCAGAAUCUGUUACUUUUUGGUCUACAAAAAUUAAUACGAUCGAGUCUUCCAUUAAUUCUGUUGUUGAUCGAAUGAAUGAUCUAGAUAAGGAAGUUACUAAAAUAGAAAAUUAUGAAACAGAACUCGUGGAGUUGAAACUUAAGCUUAGAGAAUUAUCGGAAAACACUAACAGAAAUGAACAGUGGGUGCGUCGCUCUAAUAUUCAAAUAAAUGGUAUUCCACAAAAUAAGGGCGAAAACUUAGUCCAUAUUAUUAAGACCCUUGCUGAAAAAAGUGGUUACCCCAUAAAUUUUAAUACCGAUGUUGAUUUUGUAACAAGGGUAGCGGUAAGGAAUGAUUCGUCUGAAAAUAAAUCGCGUCCCAUUAUUUUAAAAAUGCAAGCACGUUACAAAAAGGAUGAUUUUCUUUCAUCGUUAAGGAAGUUAAAAAAUCUGAAAGCAUGCGACAUUGGUUUUUCAGGCAGAAAUAAUCCUAUUUACAUAAAUGACCACCUGUCCACUUACAACAAGGCUCUUUUGAAUGAAGCUCGACGAAAAUGCAAAGAGAAAAGUUACUUAUUCUGCUGGGUUCGAAAUUGCACUUAUGGUUCGUAAGACUAACAAUUCACCAGUUAUUCACAUUACUUCCAAAGAGUGUUUAAACAAAAUUUUAUAAGCGUUAUUAAUUUGU